AUAUAAAAUCAUUUGUCAAUAAUAAAUGGGAUCAUUAAAAUAUUUACGAUUAUUUUAUUCACAAACAUUCCAUCAUUAUUGUACUUCAAAUCAUAUAAUUAAGAUGAAAAUAUUAAAUGUAGCUGAGAAAAAUGAUGCUGCUAAAAAUAUAGCUGGUUAUUUAUCACGGGGAACAGCUAGAAGACGAGAAGGACUUUCUGUGUACAACAAAAUAUAUGAAUUUCAAUGUCAAGUGAUGAAUCAAAAUGCUACGAUGGUGAUGACAUCGGUAUCAGGACAUUUACAAAGCUAUGAAUUUUCAAGCUUUUAUAAACGGUGGGAAGGUUGUAGUCCGUUAGAGUUGUUUCAAGCACCCGUUAUGAAAAUAUGUCCCAAGGAUUAUGAAAAUAUAAAAAAAACCAUAGAGCGUGAAAUUCGAUCUUGUAAUUGGUUGAUCAUAUGGACCGAUUGUGAUCGUGAAGGUGAAAAUAUCGGGUAUGAAAUUAUUGAUGUAUGUACCUCGGUUAAACCUGGUAUUCAAGUAUACCGUGCUCGUUUUUCUGAAAUAACAGCCCCAUCGGUUAUGCGUGCCUUAAAUACAUUGGAACGACCCAAUAAAAAUAUUAGCAAUGCAGUUGAUGUUCGUCAAGAAUUGGAUCUUCGAAUAGGUGCUGCUUUUACUCGAUUGCAAACAUUACGAUUACAGCAAGUAUUUCCACAAAAAUUAGCUGAAAAUUUGGUUAGCUAUGGCAGUUGUCAGUUCCCAACAUUAGGAUUUGUUGUUGAUCGAUAUAAAGCAAUUGAAGAUUUCGUUGAACAGCAAUUCUGGAAGAUUAAAAUGUCUCAUACGCUAGAAGAAUUAACAGUGGAUUUUUUAUGGAAUCGUGAUCGUCUAUUUGAUAAGGACUUAGUACAAGCAAUAUUGGAUUUAUGCUUAGAAAAUCCUACAGCGACUGUAAAGAAGGUUAUUAGUAAACCUAAAAAUAAGUGGCGACCAACCCCAUUAGAUACAAUCGAAAUGGAAAAGAGUGCUUCAAGAAAACUAAAAUUAUCAGCGAAAACAACCAUGCAAAUUGCUGAAAAACUUUAUUCAAAAGGCUUAAUCAGUUAUCCAAGAACAGAGACAAAUAUUUUCCCUAAAGAAUUGAAUUUAACAAAUUUAGUUGAGCAACAUUUGGGUGACAACACAUGGGGUUUUUUUGCGAAUCGUAUAAUGGAAUGGGGUGGACCAACACCACGACAAGGUAAAAAAUCAGAUCAAGCUCAUCCUCCCAUACAUCCAACAAAACAUGCUGAUAAUUUACAAGGUGAUGAGAAACGUGUAUAUGAAUUUAUUGUACGCCAUUUUCUUGCAUGUUGUUCAAGAGAUGCCAUAGGUUUGGAGACAGUUGUUGACGUUGAUAUUUGUGAUGAGGGAUUUCAAGCUAAAGGUUUAAUGAUUAUUGAACGCAAUUAUUUAGAUGUUUAUCCAUAUGAAAAAUGGAAUGCCAAGGAAAUACAUAUUUAUCAAGAGGCUCAACAAUUUCAACCAACCGUUUUGGAAAUGUCGGAAGGUCACACUACAGCACCACCUUUGUUAACGGAAGCUGAUUUAAUUGCAUUGAUGGAAAAGCAUGGUAUUGGUACGGAUGCAACGCACGCUGAACAUAUAACAACAAUACAAGAUCGUCAAUAUGUGGCAUUACCAGAUGGUGUUCAUUUUGUACCAGGCAAGUUGGGUAUGGGAUUGGUUGAAGGCUAUGAUCGUAUGGGUUUAGAAGUGUCUUUAGCUAAACCGAAUCUACGAGCUGAAUUGGAACAUGAUUUAAAAUUAAUUUGCGAUGGUGUCAAGAAUCCAGAGGCAGUAUUGCGUGAACAAAUAAGCAAGUAUGAAGCAGUUUUCCGUAAGGUAUUAUUACAAAUUGGUGUGAUUGAUAGAGCGAUUGGAGACCGACUAGAAGCAGAACCUCGACAAAAUGUACAAAUGAACAUAAUGACCGAAUCAACAACGUCACCAUUUAAAUGUCCAAAGUGUGGUAAUCCAAUGAAGUUUCGUACCAAAAAGAAUAGUACGGAGAUAUUUUUAGGUUGCACUGGAUGGCCAAAUUGUAAUAAUGUGGUUUGGUUUCCAAUGGAAGUGAAAAAUGCAUCUGUAAUGGAUGAAUCGUGUCAAAGGUGUGGACCUGAAUAUAAAAAAAUAAAGCUUGAAUUCAUUAGACAUGUUUAUGGUUGUUACACCAGUCCACAUAUUGCAUGUCUUGGCGGUUGCGAUCGUAAUUUGUUAGAUGAUUUUAAUAUUAGUGCUGAUCGAGUUAGUCAAAGUACAGGUACUCGCCAGGCUCGUACUCCAAAUACCGUUCCAAGUCAAUUUACAAAUAUAUCACAAGCCCGGAUUAUUACAUCAACACAAAUAAAUAACGAUAAUAAUCGUAACAAUGCAGUCAAUAAUGGUACAAGAACUUUGGGAUCAACUAAUAACAGAAAUGACAAUACUCGAAUACAGUCUACAAACAAUAGAACCGAUAAUAAUCGAACAACACAAUCUACGUUUCCAAUUCGCGACAGUGGUUAUACAACCAAUAGUAAUCCAACACGAAAUACAUUUGGAAAUAAUUCGCAGAGUAAUAGUCCAAACAAUUUUGGUCAUGUUAAUAUUCCAUCACUAAACGCCUCAUCAAAUCGAAAUAAUCAGAGAACGAAUGCCGAAGAUUCAGAAAUUGUAUGUGGAUGUUCACAGCCAGCAAUUUUACUCACAGUUAGGAAACAAGGACCUAAUAUUGGAAGACAAUUUUACAAGUGUGCAAGUGGUGCUUGUGAGUUUUUUCUGUGGUUCUCAUCCAAUGAAAAUAAUAGUGAACCUUCUUCAUCUACCUCAAACAAUUUACCAAAUUUUAUGAAUCAUACUAAUGAUGGUGCUGGUGCCAAUAUUACUUGUAAUUGUGGAGAACCUGCUGUCAAGCGAACCGUUCAAAAAGACACACCUAAUAAAGGGAGAUCGUUCUAUUCAUGCCCUAAACCACCAAAUGAUAGGAAGUGUAAUUUCUUUAAAUGGGCAGAUGAAUCAGGAAACGUUGGUGAUGCAAACGAUGAAGGUUUUGGUGGUGAUGGUGGCGGCGGAGGAGGAUGGGGUGGAUGGGACGGAGGAGGAGGAGGUGGCGGUGGAGGAAGAGGGCGAGGACGAGGUAGAGGUAGAGGUGGAAAUGCGGGGGGUCGAGGAGAUUAUUCUGAUAAUCAAAGUCAGUCAAAUAAUAGAAAACGGAAAAGAAAUGAAUCUACAGGAAAACGAAGAUGUGGCAAUUGUGGAGAAGAAGGUCAUACGAAACCCAAGUGUCCUCACAAAUAGUGUUUGUAAUAUAUUUAGUGUUCGUAGAUUGUAUUUUUAUUA